GAGAGUGGGAGGGAGUUUAUAUGGGAGGCAACACUGUGAAGAGAGGGAGGAGAAAGAGAGAAAGAGUGUUUAUGGAAGAAUGUGACAGUGUGCAGUGUAUGGGAGAUGGGGCGGACUGAUUGCAAGCGUACCAGGUGUUGAAGAGGGAUGAAAAGAGAGAAGAGAUAACUCCUGCUCUCCACAACAAAAGUACCAGCUAGUGCCCGACUGGAAGUGGUUUGUCCACAGUGAUCCGCUCAGCAUUGGGGAAGAGAGAAGCAGCAGCACUAGCUGUGACUGUGAGAGCAUGCAGGCAGAUUAUAAUGGAGGUAAGUCACCUACAGUCACACUUCAAGAAUGUUAUGGUGGUUUGAGGAAAUAUGAUAGCACAGGCUCAGUCACAGGCUCACAACUUUCUGCAGGAGUGAGCCAGAUGCCACAGAUUUGAGAGAGUGUGAUUUGUUGAGUGGAACUGCCCCUGUUGUGACUUUUAUAAAGUUAGCUGUGUUUGCUCUAAGUAGAAAACACAUUUUUAACCAAUUUUGAUUCACUACUGCUGAGUAAUAUCAGUUAUUUGCUUUGUUAAACACUCUGAGUGAACUAUAGUUUCUCCACAUGGAAGCAGUCCAUGUGUUUUGUUACUGUUAGUGUGUGAUCACAGUGAUUGAGGGCAUACCAGCUCUGAAUGUAACUUCUGCUCCAACUUUUAUUUAGUUUCCAACAUGAUUAGUCGCUAGGAACAAGAACUAUUAAUUUAAACCGAAGAAAUUAUACAGUACAGGCUUUAUGAAUAUGCUGCACACAGCAAUUCAUGAACGUUAACAGCACUGUGUGCAGAACAGGUUAUUGUUAAGUGUUUGAAGCAUGUAUUUAAUGUGUUCCCACCCUGCUAUUCUAUGCUGUUCAGCCCCCCUAUGAUUUCGCGGCUCAAUUAAUAGCAAUGCCAGAGAGCAUGUGUGGGAAAUAAUUUGCCCCUUGCACAACCUCCCAGUUAAAGUUCUGUCACACCUGUGAGCUGAAUGUGUCGAGACCUGUUGGGAUCAGGAAUUGUUGUUCAUUGUGCAGGUGACAAGGUGUAUGAGUAAAUACAGAGCACCUGUGCAGGCAGGUUCAGCUCUGCUCUGCACAGGGACUUAUUGUGGUGAAGAGAAACACAAGAAAAGACAGGAUCAUGAGGUGAGGGUGGAAGAUAAAAGAAGAGGAUAGGCUUUUUUCUUCGACAGCAGAGUAUUUCAGCUGUUUUUUUUCCUCUUAGAAGAGCAGAGUUUCUUUUGCCUGUGUUUUAAUUUUGACUUUACAAAUCAUUUCAUAGUUUAGUCUAGUUUAUUAGCAGGUUUCUCUCAUAUAUGUUGCGUGUGACAAACCAGUGGCGCUGUCAUGACCUGCUAAAGUAGACGCGUCCUAAAAUAGCUGUCCCAGAUACCCAAAUGCAGUUUCCUUGCAUGAGUGAAAGCUCUGUGUCAGAUAGGAGCAGCAUCCCAACAUCCCUUAAAGUCUUGGCACAUGAUAAUAUUGAAACUUUGCAGCACUGAUACAAACCCUUAGAUGAUAUAUUAUGUUCUACAUACAAACCUGCUCAGAAUCAGCCAGCAGCAGGUGAGUAUGAGGUGUGACUCCAUUAAGUUUUGACACUGAAACUGUUGCAGAACCCUGCAGGUUUUUCCCUACAUUGAGCAAUUUAGAAUUACAAGGUUAAGGGAGGCUUUUAUUUUGGAGCAGGGCACAGGUAUCGCCUGCAGAAAUGAUUUCCAGCUGCUUUUAGAAUGAUACAGACCCCUGAAAGUGAGCUCAUUGUGUCUUCUCUUACUCCCACAUUACACCAUACAGCUCACACGCACACACACGCGCGCACACAUCGAGCAGAUUAGGAGGAUGGGAGGAUGGUUAUGCUCCAGAAUGACAGCCUUAUCACUGAGUCUUCAGCUUGCAGGGUCAAUGGGCCCCAGUGCCAGGAAAGGCCUCAUUCUUUUCCACCUACCUAUGCAUGUCAUCCCACUGUAAUACCGUAUCAAACAAAGCAUAGAAGACAGACUUCAGAAAUGGUGAAGGGAGACUUUGUGUGACUCUCUAAAGUGAGUUUUUGUACCGCUUCUUUGCUCAGUGAUUCGACUCAGUUGAAGAGAUGCAGCUCUAAUUUGUAUCUGCGCCACUAUACAACUUCUACACUUUUAUAACAAGCACGCCUUCCAUUCAGAAGACUCGGCUAUCGCACAAAUGGUAAUGCAAAACAACAAAGCUUUUAUGAUGAUCCAUUUAAAUCUCAUGUUUAUGAGACGCCAUAUCCGCGCAUCAAUGACACAGCACGCUCAAGACAGAGAUGGCUAAUGGAAAAGGUAAAUAUUUGCGGGUAAUGGAUGGGCAAUAAUUCAAAAUGACUAAAAAUACUUCUGCUUGUAACAAUACAUUUCUACUCUCUGUUUAUAGAGUGGGAUAAAAGCCUCAGACCUGAAUAUUUCAUGGAGCUGGCCGGUGAGCUGCUGCAUCUCACUAAAGACAUAUUCAACUCUUUUUAAAACUAUUUCUGGCCGGAUUCCAGCAAGCUGUAUCAGGCACCUUGCAGAAAAGCACAGAGACGUAUUUUGAGGCAAUAAUUAAUCUUGUUUGGAUGGAUGCAGCCCAAUAAAGACAUAUAAAAGGCAAUAUUGGAUAUUUAAUUUCAGAACUCCUUAAAUUCAUGAGCGUCAAUUCCCAUCGUCAUCACGGCUCUAAAGGCUCCCAUUUAGACUCCAUUAAAAAUACAUUUUCCUCUACACUCCAGCUGCCAAGGUUAUGCUAAUGCCUGUAAUACACUGGUUGGCCAGCUAUUCCAACUCAGUUAGCAGUGCAGACAACCUCCUUUUGUAUUAAAACCCAAGGAGGUUGAUUGUUCGGUUGACCUAAUGGCUCAUUUAGAUGCACAUAAAAGCAUCUGAAUGCAAUCUAAUUUCAACAGGGGGUUCUCCACUAAAAGCCGGCCUCUGGCUAAAGAUGCUGCCACGCGGCUGCCAAUAGAAGAUACUGAGAUUGAAUUAAUGAGUAUUAGAUGUUUCAAGUGAACAUGCAGACUAUGAGCCUGUUAAAGUGAUCAAAAUGCUUGAACUUUAACAGAGGAGACAUUGACUUUUACAGUGGACAGUACAGCAGCUAUCCAUGUAUAAUGCAACAUUGGCUCCACAGAAUAUAAAUCCUGCUCUCUCACACACGUACUUGCUUCCCUCUCCGUGCCUGGUAUUCCAUCUCCUCACUGUGGGGCUGUAAUGAGUGUCUGGUAUUCUGCUCUUCACCAUUCAAGCACCAUUCAUGCUCAAUCUCCUUUACAAUGCACUAAAAGGAUUACCCAAUUAGCUACUAUUGGAUGCCAUUGUGUGCUGUGCGUCUGUGUGUGUGUGUGUAUAUGGGUGCAAAGUGUGACUGUGUGUGUGCUUGGUCAGUAGAUAGAUGUGUUAACAUAGAAAGCAAAGAUAGAUGGCUGUCUGUCCCCCACACUUCAUUCCCAGUUGAUGUUCUGCUGGAGGCCACAUUACUCAUCCCAGCAACUCAGUCCCAGAGAGUAAGACACACGACGGGGAAGUGUGUGUGUGUGUGUGUAUAAUUGUGUGUGUGGGUGUCCCACAGAGGAUGACAGAGAUAGAGACUGAGUAUUACUAAGUAUUACUCAAUAAUUCAACCUGUCAGCCUAUCAUUCUCUGGAAAUAUACCCUCUGCCAAAGAGAGGACCAUGUCAUGCGUGAGCUGCUGCUUCUUCCCUUGUCUGUAAUUUGUGACUUCAAUUUCCACCGCGUCAUGCCUUAGAUAAUAGGAAGGCCUGCUUCAUAACAUGUGAAUCAUCCACUGCAUUGUGUGAAUCACUGAUCAAUUUCAGUUAUCUAAUGUGUUACAUCACGCCAUGAGCAAUACGUUCUGCGUAUAUUUAGAGGAACGGACUGCGUAAUACGCACUGAUCAAGUUUUAUUCUAAUGUAGGAUGUAACUAACUGCCUAAACCUGACUCUGUUUGGUUUUGUUUCUUGCACAUUAAAUUAUGGUCUGAAACAGUGAUUUGAGUGAUACAUGUAAACAAGAGUCACUUAAAUCUUGAUAAAUCUCCAUCUUUACAAAAAAGUUAUAUCUGUGUCGUCCACAUGUUGACGAGCCGACGUGUGGAUAUUUUGGAAGCAUCAGAAAUGUUGGCUUUUUGAAAGGUUGCUCUUCAGUGUUUGACUCCUGCUGAACGUCUUUGAUGUCAGACAGGCCUGCUGGCAUUUGACCACCCCACACUGGAAACAAACUGUGCUUUCAUCUCCAUUAGAUGUCAAUGAUAUCCUAACCUUGACAAAAAAAGACCAGAUUUCCACUGAGAUAGAUAUAUCGCCUCCAGUUACAUUUAAAUCUACCAGAUGCAGUGACAUUAUCAACAGGAUGGGUGUUAGUGAAAAGAAAAAAAGGUUUAACACAUAAGAGAAGUGAAUAAAAAUGAGAAAAGGAUUACUUUUUAAGGGAAUGGGAGUGAAGUUAAAGGGUAAUUCACCAUUUUAGCCUGUAACUUUAACAUUAAAGACCCACUCCGAUGAAAAUCAUGUUUCUCUUGUUUUCUAUAUGUUCAUAUGGCAUUUUUCUGACACUACAGGACAUAUCAUGAGAAAAAAAGUGCAAAAUUGCAUUUAUGAGUAUUUCUACAUUCAAACUGCUGUGAACCACAACGGCAGGUCCAGACACAGUGAGAUUUCCUACGUAGCAAAUCCAAACUUCCCCGCUAUGCAGGCCACGCUCGGGGAAAUCGAGAAGACAAUCGUAGAGCAAGCGUGUGCAGGAGUGGAUUGCAAUGCUUGUCAGGAAGCUAAUUAUAUUAACUUUCAUCAUGCCCCCAAAGAAAUUCAUGUACAAGCUCUGAGUAGCUCCUAUGUUACCUGCUUCUUCUGCUACACUGGCAAUGUUACGCUGCAAGCUAGCGUGAAGAGGAGUGUGCAGAGCAGUGCUAUCUCCGCCCAUGACUCAGAGGCGAAUUGCUAAUGAGCUGCUGGAACUGUGCAGAAGAAAAGAUCUCGAAAAUGACACAGGUAAUGUGAUUUUGGCUAAAACUUCAUAAUCACAACUAUAAGACCACCAAUAAAACUCUAAAUAGUAAAAAAAAAUAAAGUAAAACGAUUGGAGUGGGACUUAAAGGUGAUAGCUUGACCUUUGACACCUUAAGUUUUGUGAAAAACAUGUAGAUGCCAGGAAUCAAUAAUCAGCUUUGCUUCUACUGCUUAUAUUUUGAUACCCAUAGGACCUCAAAAUGCAUGAAUAAUGGCAAUCAAUAAACCCUAAAUUACUCAUACUUUAAGGAUUAAAUUGACAGAAUCCGCCACAGAUGGAAAGUUCUCCAACAGGUCAGAGCUUCAAAGAAAUUGACCCUGUGUAAAAAGAUUCAGUGUGCGCCUAAGAUGCACACAUAAACAAAGAACAAUAAGCUGUCUGAGAAUGACCUAAAAAAACAGACACACUGAACUAGAUAGAUUACACGUGCAUCUGUUAGAAAUUACCAUACAGACAGUGAGAAUUAAAGCAAUGCCAUCUGGCACAGUGGCAGGAGCGUGGAGUUACAGUGAGAACAGAGGAGAGUUUCAUGGUCAUUGUAAGACAGGUAUAAAUCCUCAACCUUUAUAGCACACACUGCUGCCUUCCACUGGCUGUGCUAAUGGAUUGGCUAUGCUCUCACUCUGGUGUGUACGUGUGAGUGUAUCUAUUUGUGUGUGCCUGUUUUGGGGGGGGUGUAUUGUCAGCUGGUCCCGCGCGGGCCGGGGCUUUGUGUCAGACAGGUCAGCUGUGCCUCGGAAGCUGGGACAGCACCCUCCCCAUGGACACACAACCGCCCCUCCUGCCUGAGCACACACACACACACACACACACACACACACACACACACACACACACACACACACACACACACACACAUCAUAGGGGUGUGCACACUCUUUUGUGCAGACACAGAAAAUCACACAGCCAAUCAGAUGUAAGAUUAGAUGUAUGCAUACACACACACAUAUACACACAAUCACACCCCCAUAAUCCCACCUCACCAAAGGUCUUAAAUCACACUUUGCACUUAAAAGCUGCAAGGUCAGAACAUUUGUGCUGCUCAUUAAAAAUCGUAAUAAAAAGAUGUUCAGAUAACUUUAAUAUUUGUGUGAAAUCGAAGUGAAAUUGAGCAAUUCUCUUCUGAAAUUGAGAAGGGAACAAAAAGGGAGAGAGGCUUGAGGGGCUGAAAGGAACAAAUCAAGGAACAAUGGCAGUCAGUUGAAAGGAUGAGUUAGUGCUGCUGUUGGAAAAAGAAACUGGCAGAUCUGAAGAGAUACUGUAAAUUAUUCCUCCAGCGGGUAAAAUGGCUUUGUGAAAACACUUGAUAACGGUUAAGUUUAAGGGCGGCAUGAUGAAACAUGAUGUAAACCUGUUUGCACAUGUUGCAACCACACAGUUUCGACUCACUGUGCUUCCCUUCAUUUGUUUUUUUUUGGUUCACUUUGAACAAACUGAUUUCUUUAUUGAUUCCUCUGUGAUAAUAUCUAUGAAUCAGUGGUGUCCUGUCGGUGCAUAUGCGGUAAAGCUGUCUGUUUUCCCCACAUUAACAGAAAGUAUACCUUUACUUGUGACAAAAAUUGGCUUUAAGAUUAACACUUGUUUUGUCUGCAGCACAGCUAAGGGGCCGUAUCUCUCCUGUUGUUGUUGUUUGUUCAUUUGGAACACAGCGCCUUGUAUAUUUUCCUGUCUCGAUGUGUGAUUGUAUUUCAUCCACAAGGUGUUUUGUCAACAGUGUGUACUCUGUGGGAUGCUGAACGCUCCACUGCCUCAGAGAGACGUGCACUCCAACAAUACUGCUGUGUGUGAGAGAGUGUGUGUUUUUGUGUAGAUGUGUAAAGGUGUGUGUGAAGAAGAGUGUACGUCUGAACAAACAGCAUAAAGGCAGAAUGGUGGUAAAUCACUAUAAAACUGAGGCUCUCCAGCCCUCUCAUUGUGAGGACUAGUCAUUUAUUUAACACUCAAAUAUGGUCCAGGGCUGUUUGGGGAGAAUACAUCAAGGGUCCACACAAAGAGCGGCACACUUCAACACACAAAGAGCCAAAAAAGAGAGGGCAAGCGCCUUUUUUUUUUUCCUCUUUCAUAUGGAGUGUUGUUUGUUCAGGGUGGGUGCAGGGCGCCUAGUGGGACUAGGGGGGGGGACCUCGGGAGAAAGGUGGGGGACUGAUGGAAGAAGAAAGGGAGGGGGGAGAAUGGUUAUUACACAGUGAAUCGAUGCACAAAUGGAGAGUGUCAGUGGGUGAUAGUGGGGAAAGGGGGGGGGGGGUACAUGGAGGGGGUGUAACAGAUCUUUUGUGGAGACUGGGAGUUAAUCACUUGAGCGGCACACGCCAGUUCUAUGGAAGCACAUGUUGUACACCGGCUCCCCUGGGGGAGGAGGGAGGUCCCAAAACACACACACACACACACACACACACACACACACACACACAAAGCUGAAUUUACAUGUCAGUUAUAAUGCAAAGCCGGGCCGAGGCCGACCGACUAGAAAGACAGAAGACCCACCCCUUCCACUGAACAGUUAGCAGACCCUCCUGGCCAGGGUGAUAGUAAGAGGUUUGCAUUGAAGGCGUACACACAUACUCACAUGUACACACCUUCUGCAGUUUCACUUUCUCCUGGAUGGACUGAUAUAUAUUUCUGCAAGGAGCUGUGCUAAAGAUGGACACAUAGUUUGACCUGGCAGUAAGUAGAAUCAUUUGUUUUACUUCUUCAGUUCCAUAUCAGUGUUUGAUGCUAAUAUCUGAGAGUAAAAGUGGAGGUUGCACUGACACAUUCGGUAAAAGAAUCAGCCACGGUCAUGUCAGAAGCUAUUAACAUCAAGAACUGCUUUGCUUUGGUUUAAGCGAAACAUACAUUAUAUAGCAUUUACUUUGCAUAUCAUUUUUUGAAUGAGAAAGAAAAUCAAGUCUGAGGUUGAGCUGGAAGACCUCCAACCGGCUGUGUGAUUGGAAAUCUCUCUUUGUAAUCAGGAUUACCUUUCCUUUCCCUGUAUUCAAAUAUUCAAACUCUUCCACUCCACUUUCUUCUGUAUGCAUGUUACCCUGUCUCACUUGCCUAUUAUUCUCCCCAUCAUGAAACAUCUAUUUUGCUGUCUUCUCAUCCUGCUUAUCAUAGUUGUCAUUGUUUUGGAUGAAAAGUGACAGCCUCGAUAACACUUCCCGCCUUCAAUUCAGGAAAAAGUCAGCGGCAGCUAUUCUUGCAAACACCCCAAUUCAACCAAUAUUUAUAGAUUGGCCCCAAGCCAUGAAUAAUGUGCACUAAUAUGUGACUUAGCAUGGGCCAUUAGUCCUGUGCUUUGUUGGUGUGGCUGUUAUAAAGUGCUUAAAGGCUGAAGACCAGGUGGUUGGGGAGCCUGCUGGCCUGAUCAGCCAGCAUGGAGGCUUUUGCCACUAAGUCAUUGCUGACGGGACUUCUCCCCUGUGGGUUAGAGAUCAUGGAUAGGAACAUCUGGGGUCUGAUUGUCUCUAAAAGGAAGGUGCGAAGGAUGAAUAAGGAGCAUCACUGCAAAUUAUGUCCUUGUAUUAUAUCUUAAAACAUUUAAAACACACUUCCCUCGAGGUGCUGUUUGCCUAAUCCACCUUUCAUUUUAUUCUUUUAGCCUUGUUAAAACUUGUUUUUAUGAGUUUACUGGUUUGUACGGCCUGGCUACACCAUGCUUAAAAUGCUUGUAAAGUGUUUUUCAGAUGGCAGCACAAGACGAGUGUAGAGUAGACUGUAAGUAGCCUAAUUGGCAGUUUGUUUAGAGGAAGGGCACCCAAAGGCUUAUUUGUCAAAUCCAACGGCCGAGCAAUAAAUCUACAAACACAAAGCCAGGCAGGGAGCCAAGAUGGACUACUUUUUCACUUUGUUUGUUUUGCAAACGCGAACACACCUGCUCCAACAGUGCAUGUCUGGACUGACUAGGAAAUAAUAAAUUUAACCACCACUGGAAACUGAUAAGAAUCAGAGGAAACUGUGACCCAGUUUCAUCCUUUCAUCAUGAACCUCAUUCGUAGAGAUCAGCAGAUAUAUCUCUGUAUGUGAUGUCUUUCAUUCCCUCCUUGUGUUUGCAGUUGAAGCCACUGACAGAACCUGACUGGGGUCAUGAGUUGUGUCCCCCCUUCACCUUUGUAUAACGUGCCCACCUGGAGCUCAGCCCGACCCACCUCUCACCUAUGCCUACAGGACCAUGGGUAGUGUCAGCAGUCUCGUCAACGGCAACAGCCUCGACAGCAAACACUGCAAGGCAUCCGACCACAGGAUAAAAAAGGAAACAAACCCUCACAGAAAGAGUGGAGGUUGCAGCCUUGACAGUUUACUCAGGUGUGGCUUCACUCAGAGCGCCUCAUCCAACAAUCAUCCCACCAAAGGCCUGUCACAUUCCCGCUCAGGUCGAAGUGAAGAUUUUUUUUACAUCAAGGUGAGCUCAUUUAAAAACAAAAAAAAAUUAAAUGUCUGAAAUUUUGCUAUGUCCAGAACUGGGAUAAAAUAAUUCGUCAUAAAUUGUCUGAUCUGUUCCAAAUAAGGUGAGCCAGAAACCAAGGUCAGCGUACCACCGAGGAGGACCCAUGGAGGAUCAGACAGGUGGAAAGAACAAAGAUGGGGAAUCAGGCGCGCGUCUGCAACCAAAACUGCUGCUUAUGUCGGGGAACGGGGGUCAAAAAGUGAGUGAAACUUGCCUUUAAGAUGUGUUUCCUUUAGGGGCUCUCUGCCCUCUAUUUUAAGAGGAGACUCACACAGACGUGAGUGCCAUGAGCUAAGAAAGAGUAAAGUGUAGCUUUAACAGCAGUAAUAACAGCCAGUGUGGUUCCUGUGUUAAACUUAGACGCGCUGGUGGGCAAAUUUCGUCCCUUUUGUCGCAGACUAGCACUUACGGUAAGCUAAGCUCUUUGGCACACUUACACAGGAGUUUGGCUGUAAUUUUCUCCUCUUACUCUUGAAUAACAUCGAAACCUGCAAUGCUCAAUAUUUCUCAAAGAAUAUCAGAUAAUUGAGACUUUAUAACAGUUGAAAAUUUAGAGCUAUUUUUACAUCUUUAUCAGAAUAUACAGUAGCUCUGAUUUGCUUGACAGGAUCUAUUGCUGGGGUAAUUCUUGUAAUCAUUAGGAAGGUAUGACUGCUAUAGAUUUUGGAAAGCUCAAGGCUAAGCUGAGGAUAAAACACGCACAGCAGGUAGGUUUAAUUGGUGGGAGCCAUUCUUCAUAACCUGUGUUGAACCACCUCGGUUUAUUAAUCACCCCCUUCUCAGAUUUAUGACCUGAGAAUGCCUUGAUCUUCUCAUGGAAGUCAUUCCUGUGCCAAGAAUAUGUAGGCAAACUGAGUCUCCCUCAAUAGGUCUUUAUUCCUCAGGGGCCAGAGGGUGAGAAAAGAGAGGCAUAGGAAGCAGCUUUAAGAGAGACAGAGUAGAGAAUAAGAAAGAGAAGCGAGAGAGAGAGAAGGGAGAAGGGAGAGAGAGAGAUCGGGGGCCGAGGAGAGUUUGAGGGAUAGAAAGCGGGAAAUAAAGAACAGCUCCUAGUCAUGAAGUCAGUAAGAAGGAAUGCUGAGCUCACAAGCUUUACCUCUUAGACUUCAGCAGUAGCUCAUAUUAUUAAUAUCACAGAGAAGGGCUAUUCAUCUUCGCGCAGACAGCACAUGGGGGGGGGGGUAGGUGGGAUGCAGAGGGGAGGAGAGGAGGACAAGAGGGAGGGGAAGUAUGGUACCAUUUGUGACGUUCUUGGACAGCACAGAUGGGGCAUGCAGAAUAUAAGUUCAUCUUGAAAAUGAGUUUUCACUUCUAUGACAGUCGGGUGAAUUUUACUUGCAGCCGCUGCUGUCUGGCUGUUAAUACUGGCAGCAAGUAGUGAAGCAAUUCUGCACGCCUCAGUGCUUCUGUUUCUAAUAUGAAAAGACAUGAGUGGGAAAAGAAUCUAUCCCUUUCGUUUCAGCAUGUGACAAUAUUUAUUUCUCUGACAGACAGUCGUUAUGAUUUUCAAGUUUGAAAGUGUGACCCGUCCGUGGCUCUUUGAGCUUCUUGCAACAUUAGGAAAGGGCGUGCUUUUCCGCCAUGCUGUCACCAGAGAGUGGCCGGUGAAUACGAAAACAAAAAUAGAGACGAACACCCCUGACUGUGUGUCAUUUCCCUCCUGUAGAGCUCUACUGAGAAAUCAUUGGUCCGUUCCACUGCCUUCAAGCCUGUGAUUCCCAGGAGUGCGACCUCUGUGGAGACAGGCCCCAACAGCCUUGACCGCAUCCUUUAUCCUCUGGAGACAACCACGGGUUCAGAUAUAAGGCAAAAGCAGGACACCUUCUCAGGUCUAAAUUGAUUCUAUAUCCAUAAACUCAAGCCCUAAGGUGUGAUUUAAGAGAGUGAAUGAUGAUUGCAGUUAAUUAAAAUGUCAUCUCUUAUCCUUCCAGGAACUCUCUCAGACUCUGGACGUAACUCCAUGUCUAGCCUGCCCACCCACAGCACCAGCGGCAGCCUAAGUGCUUCCACAGGUCCUGUCAGUCAAAGUGACGGCAGCUCUGCUCUUUCAAACAGCCUCAGCAAGGGAGCGCAGCCCAAUUUCCCUCCAUGGGUCAACGGGAACAGCACCAACUUCGACUGCGGCUACAGGCCUGGCUCAAACAGCAGAGGGUCGGCAUCUAAGGCUAAUGGGGACUGUGUCACCCCACUUUGUGCAGAUGAGACAAGUACUCUCUCUCAAACUGCAGGUGGGAUUCGCUCCCCUAUUACGACAGAUGAGUCACUGAUUGAGCGUUUGGAACAAAGGCUGCUGGAGCGAGAGACUGAGCUGCAGGAGCUUCAGGUAGAAAGCAGUCAUCUCAGGAGUUACAGCAUGUGCCCUUGAUUUCAGAUCAGAAUUUCUCAUAACGAUUUUGUACUGAAUUGGUAGUUUUUAAGGUUGAAUUUAUGUCAUCUCUGGUCUGAAUAAUAGGUGAGUUUUGAGGCAAAGGAAGUAGACACCUGUCAGCUAUUUGAGGAAAGACAAAAGUACUGCGCCGAAGAGAUGGAGGGCCUGAAGCAGCGGUGUUCGACAAAGCUCCGACAAGUGUCCCAAAUAGUCGCAAAAACCCAGCAAGCACUCCAGCUCCAGGUCAACCAGCUCCAGGUCAGCCCUACUUUUUUAUAUUUAUGAUUAUUUGUCAGCCUACAAACCCUGCUCUCUUCCUUCAUAAACCCACAGUGAUGGAGUUUGAAAAGAAUAUCAUUAUUAUAAGUGUAACCAUUCAUGAGCUGUCCUUUUCAAAUGAUUACACUGAGAAAUACCUUCUGUUCAGGCGGAGAAGGACAGGCUACAGGAGGAUGUUUUAAAACUAACCCAAGAGAAGGACCUUGUUGAGCUCAGACUGAGGUCUUAUGAGACACAGAACACACAGCUUGUUCCAACACUUGAGGAAACUCAAUGGGAGGUGAGUCAUGAGUCAUAUGUGUGAUAUCAGUUGGGUUAGAAACCUUGCGGCAGACCACACAAUCUGGUGCAACCUUGAAGGGUGCUGAGGUGUGAGAACAUUAAGUCCUUCCGUUACAAGAGGGAAAAAUAGGCUUUUGUGGAUAAAGUUUGAUGAAAAGAGGAAAGAAAGAAGAAAUCUAUCUUUAUAGAUAGAACGAGUGAUAUUAACUUCUUCCACUUUUCUUCAGUUUAUAACAUUGAUUUUUUUUCUUCUUCUUCGGAGUCAUAAAGGUCUUUUUCCUGAAUAGAAUCAACUUUUGCUCUCCUCACACAUACGGAACUGUUAUCCUCACUGUACAGUUAGUUCCUGACAGUUUUGAACAUGUACUUGUUAAUUUUUCUAUAUAAUUAAGUAGUUAAUGCCAGUAUUUAAUGUGAGGGGUCAAGGUUGAACAGUGUUAUGAACAUCUACGCUUCAAUCUAAGGAACCUCAGAGUAUUGUUUUAAGAGUGCAAUUUUGUCACUUGUCAAAUCCCAUUAUACAUUACAAUCAGUUUUUUUAAACAAAUUUAAUGCUACCUACCCAAACAGAGGACUCAGUUAAAUAAGGUUAGAAAGUAGCUAAUUGAAAAUGUCAAAAUAAGAGAUAGACCAACUAAUCGACCGAUAUCACCAUUACCUUUCAAAAGAAAACACAUCAUUCCCAUCCUUAUUAACAGCAAAUCAAAUCUGCACAAGUCACUUGCUACUGUUUUAUAUAGAUGCUGUUAUGAUGUAGAAAAUAAGGUAGUUUUUUUAUUGCUUAUGACAAAUUUAUCAGCCAUUUUCUGAAAUAAAGUAUCAAUAGAAACCCAUCUAAAACAUGCUACUAACCUCCUAUAUAUAUUAUAAGACCAAUUUCUACAUGACUUUGCCUUUUCUAUCAAUUUAAUCACAAUAUUUGCCUUGUAUUUUUGUCUUUAAUAAUAAUUUCAAGAGGCUGGACAGAAAUCUAAAAGUCCCUUGUUGCAAUAUUCAACCGAGGGAUAUGCGAUCCCCAAAAUUCAAUUAAAUUUACUCCAAGUUAAAUUUUUGUCAAAUGCUGGAAAAAAUCUGCAACAUUGUGAAAUCUGCAUUUUAAAUCAUCUAUCAGCCAACCUUCUAUCUUAAUAAUGGUAUCAGUAUCAGCUACUGAAAAAGUGGUUACGGUCAAACACUAGUCAGACGUAUCCAUAAAAGUACAAAUAUUUUCUAUAUCUGUUGGUUAUAAAAUGUAGAGAGAACUCAUUUCAAACUGCUGUGUGGACCUCAACCAAUCAUCUAAAUAAAGAAAUCAGUUAAUUAACUCUAAGGUCAGCACUGACUCUUCCUAAGUCUGACAGGACCAGACAAAGAGCUGAAGAAACUGAUGAAAAAUGUGUUUUCCUUAUCUUAGAAUAAGCUUUUUAUAUCCACAAGGAGAGGGGAUCAUCUCCCACAAAGCUCUUAUUUCUACAAUAUCUCAGAAAAGACAAACAAAUCUUUGGUUCUAGGGAAGGCCCAGGGAUUCUCAUUGGUUCUCUAUAACUGGUAUGGGUACAAUUUAGGACACUAACUUAAAUGCUCUGGCUCUUUAAGCUUACUUUAGCUGAAGCUAAAAAUGUGACAUAGUCUUUCCCAUACAUACAGCUGUAUAAACAAAAACAUUGUUCUCCAGUAAUCCACAUGUCAGUGUUGUGUUUAUUUUGCUGAAUUGAGUAAGACUGUGGGGUAUCAAUGAUGCCUGUUUCCUUGUGAGAAAUGAACACAAUGCUUCAGGAGAGUUGUGUCAAAGAUGCCUGCCAAAUGUACCAAAUGCAGGUGUGCCAGAAGACAGGGGAGAUCUCUUUGUUGAAGCAGCAGCUGAGAGACUGUCAGGCGGACGUCAGCCACAAGUUAAAUGAGAUCGUCAACCUGAGGGCGUUACUGAGAGAAAACGCUGCAAAGAUGGAGACACUGGAGAAACAGAAUAAAGAGCACGAGGACAAACUGCACUCUCGCAUCAUAGAGGCUGAGGUACGUCUGCAGAUGAUUCUAUAGCUAUUCAUCCAACAAUGACAUUCAAAGAAAGCUGUGUUAAUAAAAUGCCCACACAGUGCUUGUAAGUUGAAAGCCCCUCUCAAUAGGCUGGAUACCUGCUAUUAUGUGCUGCUCUUGACUGUGGCCAUCAGGCUGUUUUCAGCGUCUGUGUUUAAGCGGACUUACAUAAUCAGUCUUAUGAGAGAACUAUUAGACACUCCACUUAAUCUGACCCGUUUGAUUGGUCAAAACAGCUUUUGUAAUCGCUGCCUCUGCAUGACUUUUUCACAUUUGUCAUUUAGGUGUGUCAAAAUGAACUCCAGCGAAAGAAGAAUGAGGCUGAUUUGCUGAGAGAGAAAGUGGGCAAACUGGAGACUGACAUUCAAGCGAUGAAACAGGACCUGGCCUUGGCUAAAGAGCAGAGGCUGCAGCACAGUGUGCAACAAGAGCCCAGCGCCCAGACUCCGGCCCUGGAAAGAAUAGUCCAAGGCUCAGACUCUCCCCCCCAUGGCCAGGUGGAGGAGGACAGUGGACACGUCUCCACAGAAUCACUCCAAAGGGAGGUGGAGAGACUGAAGCAGCAGCUCAGCGAGGAGAAAGAUGCUCAAGUGAGGCAGGCCAGCAGCUUUGAGCAGGAGAGGCUGACAUGGAACAAGGAGAAGGACAGGGUCAUCAAAUAUCAGAGGCAGCUCCAGAUCAACUACCUGCAGAUGCACAAGAAAAACAGGGACCUGGAGAGGAUCCUGAAGGAGCUGACAGCUGAACUGGAGAGCCGGACAGAACUAGGAUUCAACUACAGCUCAGGGUUACAAACUUAUGAUGAUGUUAUUGCCACAGAGAUUUGAUGGGAGCACUCACACACAUACAGGGAGAGUGAAAUGGGCACUUGACUGUGUUUAACCACUGAUACUUAUUUUAUCAUGCCUGGUGGUCAUUCACUGCUUAUUAGUGUUUUACAAGGCUUAUUUAAUAGUGUGUUUAAUCUAGUGACACUGCUAGUUCCCCUUUAAAGUAAAUUUUAAGUUAUUUCAUGUUUAAUUGAGGAUAUCUUUUAUACUUUUACCAUGCUGUUCAACAAGGUCUCUAAUCUGAGUCAUGCAUAAUAAUGUAUCUUAAACACCCGCUAUUGGUUUUUAAUUGAUACAGCCUAGACAAUAGGUGAUUCAUCUGGGUUUGUAACCAAUGUCUGGUAGUGACACUUGAUGAGCAUGAUAGUGGCUAAACAUCUGUCCCUCCAUGCAUAAAAAUGGCAGUGAUAUAUGAUGUAUUGUGGGUCUUUGUUCCUAAACCUUAAUUAACUUUGCCUUGUGUAACCACAUUACUGCUCUAUGCUAAUUCACUGUUCCACAGGCGUUUCUGCAUGUAAAACAAGGUUUGAACAUUUGAGUCAAAAACUGUGCACAGGUCUUAUUUUUGUAUAUUUGCAGUAUUUUUUUUCUACAGUAAUGUCUAAAAAAAAAAAAAGAUUUGCACUACAAUAUAUGCCAAAAUGGUUUUAAGGUGUCAUGCAUCAGCUCAAAAGUGGAACAUUCAUUCAGCAUGUAACCAUACAGUCCUUGUAUUACAGUUUUUUUACCACCUGUAAAUUUGUGUUGCUCUUUGUUUUGCCAUAUUCAAACUUUGACACUGUUGACAUUACAGUGAUUUAACUUCCAGGGUAUCAGUAAUGCACAAUAUGGAUUUUUCUGAGAUUACACUAAUAAUAUUAGAAACAUUUUUAUUUAAUUUUUUAUAUUAAAACGUGUAGUUUAACUACAUCUGAGGGUGAGAGAGGCCAGCAAAAAUGCAUGUCCUUUAAUAUUACACACUAACCAGUUCUAACUCAAAUCACUACUGUCGGCACACAAAAAAAGAAAAGUUCUGAGUCAUCGGUUGAUGUUAUUUUUAUCGAUUUUUUAUUUUUCCUUUUUGCAAACCAGAGCACUUCUGUGCACAGUAAUAUCUUUUUGAUAUAAAAGUCUCAAUCCAGCCACUGGACAAAUGCCAGAAGCCCAUAUGUCCAUGGUAAGACCACUGACAUUGCUGUCCAUGUUUGCAGAGAUCAUUUAAUUUAGGGCAGGCAGGGGUACUUUUGAAAAGAAACAGCAACUCGGGAAGUCAUUGCAGUUAGACUAUUAGUGGGCGAAAUCCUUGGUCUUUUGUCUUGGAAAAGGUUGGACAUCAUAAACUGUAAAUUCCAUAAAUUUUUAACAUUAAUUGCUUUCCCUUUUGACGUUUACAGUUCUGGCAUGCCUGUUAAAUUGGCACAAAAGCACUUGAUGUUUCUUUUGGUGCUAUCGAUUGCUGUGGCUAUUUAUGUUCCCUGUUUUUUUCAAUACAUCUUCAUCGCAAUCAUGGCUAUGCAAGUGAUGGAAAAGAUAUUGCAUGUCAAACUUCACACUCAUGGCACAUUUUACAGACUGAUGCCAUUUUUACCCUCUCAUCAAUUUGUCGCAGCUGCACCUGUUCCUCUUCUCAGCAUGGAAUGGCAGAUUGCAUGCUGCCAAAUUCAGAGAAAAGGAGGCUUGUUUAUUAGUAAUUGACAGAAACUUUUUUGGUUUUGUUUUUUAUCAGAUAAAACUGUAUGAUUGGAUUAAUAAAUAAUAAAAAAUUCGCCUUAUUGGUCAAAAAUUUAUUAAAACG